AUGGAGCGCCUUCGGGAGCUGCACGAGUUCUUUCGAUGGCCCUGGUCGGACGUCAGAAUAACUAACGACGUGACGCAGGCCCGAGACUUUCUAGCGCUAGAAGUCACUUUUCUCAAUUUAUGUAGAUCAUCUCUGGCGCUGGGGCUAGCUGCAGCCGCGGUGUACUUCCGUCGCCUCGAUUCGUCGGAGCCCGACACCGCUCCGUUUGAGCUCGCAAUGGUGUUUGCCCUCGCUGCAGUCGCUGUCAUUACACCUCUAGUGGCCCUUUACAACUACAUCCAUGCCAUAGUGGGCUUUAGGAACCUGGGCACCCGUUUCAGUAAUACAGACAUCUUCUGGGUGUUCGCAAUCGUCGCUGUCAUUCUGGCUCUCAUUCUCAACUCCUAUCAAUACACAGUCCAAGGAGACAGUCUUGGGGAUAUGGCAAUAGGGACUGCUUAA